UUCAUUAUUCAACCAUCCAAAUUCCGAAGUACUAUAGAUAUACAACAAAACACAGAUACACUCACAUCCCUUUUUAACUUUUCAGACCCUAAACACAACUCCACCCAACUCGCCGCCUCCCUCUCCGUCUCCUCCAAUGGCAGCCACCUCUCUUCUCCGAUCUUCCCCAUUCAUUCUCACUCCCCAAAACCCUAACACCACCACCACCAGAACCCACAAAUUCCACACAAUCAAAGCCACAAUCUCAUCAUCACCAUCCGACAACCAAACCCCACCACCACAAUCCAUCAAACACCGCCGUCCCGCCGACCAAAACAUCCGUGAAGAAGCUCACCGCCGCACCUCACCUCACACCAACACUUUUUCAGCCAAAUACGUCCCAUUUAACGCUGACCCAUCUUGUACUGAAUCAUAUUCUUUAGAUGAAAUUGUGUACAGGUCAAGAUCAGGUGGGUUACUCGAUGUACAACAUGAUAUGGAUGCUUUGAAAGAAUUUGAUGGUGCUUAUUGGAGGUCUUUAUUUGAUUCCAGAAUUGGUAAGACAACUUGGCCUUAUGGGUCAGGUGUUUGGUCUAAAAAAGAAUGGGUCUUGCCAGAAAUCGACUCAGACGAUAUCGUUUCGGCAUUUGAAGGUAAUUCUAAUAUGUUUUGGGCUGAAAGAUUUGGAAAACAGUUUGUGGGUAUGAAUGAUUUGUGGGUUAAACAUUGUGGGAUUAGUCAUACUGGUAGUUUUAAGGAUUUAGGUAUGACUGUACUUGUUAGUCAGGUUAAUAGACUGCGAAAAAUGAAUAGGCCGGUUGUCGGGGUGGGUUGUGCGUCUACUGGGGAUACCUCAGCUGCUUUGUCGGCUUAUUGUGCCUCUGCAGGGAUACCUAGUAUAGUCUUUUUGCCUGCGAAUAAGAUUUCUAUGGCGCAGUUAGUGCAGCCUAUUGCGAAUGGGGCGUUUGUUUUGAGUCUAGAUACGGAUUUUGAUGGGUGUAUGCAGUUAGUUAGGGAGGUGACUGCUGAGUUGCCGAUAUAUUUGGCUAAUUCUUUGAAUAGUUUGAGGUUGGAGGGGCAAAAGACUGCGGCGAUUGAGAUACUGCAGCAGUUUGAUUGGGAAGUCCCGGAUUGGGUGAUUGUGCCGGGUGGAAAUUUGGGGAACAUUUAUGCUUUUUAUAAAGGGUUCCAUAUGUGUAAAGAGUUGGGGUUGGUUGAUAGGAUACCGAGACUAGUUUGUGCUCAAGCAGCGAAUGCUAACCCGCUGUAUCUGCAUUAUAAGUCAGGGUGGUCAGAUUUUAGUCCAGUGAAGGCGAAGACCACUUUUGCAUCUGCGAUACAGAUUGGUGAUCCGGUUUCCAUUGACAGGGCUGUUUAUGCUCUCAAGAAUUCCAAUGGGAUUGUUGAGGAAGCUACUGAAGAGGAGUUGAUGGAUGCCAUGGCGCAGGCCGAUUUGACCGGGAUGUUCAUUUGUCCGCAUACUGGUGUGGCGUUGUCGGCUUUAGCCAAGUUGAGAAAUAGCGGUGUGAUUCGUCCUACUGAUAGGACUGUUGUGGUUAGUACUGCUCACGGGUUGAAGUUCACUCAGUCAAAGAUCGAUUACCACUCUAAAGAUAUUCCGGAAAUGGCCUGUAAGCUGGCUAAUCCUCCAGUGAACGUAAAAGCUGAUUUUGGGUCGGUGAUGGAUGUGCUAAAAAAGUACUUGUUGAGCAAUGAGUCCAAGAAGUGAACUCUGUUAUAUGCUAUUUGGAUUAAGAUAUGGUAUUGUAGAUUCAGUUGGUGGCGGUCUUAGUGAUGUCUUCGUUAAAACUGGGAAGAGGCGAAGAGCCGUGUUGUAACGUUUUGUUUCAUUUUCGUCAGGUAGCAUCCAGUUCAUUUAAACUUGAAAGUAAACCUUUUUGAUGAGUUUAUCAUCACAGAUUGGCUCAUGACGAGUACUUGUUACAGUUUGUUGAUGGUCUAUUAGAGAAAGUAAUAAGCUUUUUUCA